AUGGGCAAGAUUAAGAUCGGAAUCAACGGUUUCGGAAGGAUCGGGAGGCUCGUCGCCAGGGUCGCCCUCCAGAGCGACGAUGUCGAGCUCGUCGCCGUCAACGACCCCUUCAUCACCACCGAGUACAUGACCUACAUGUUCAAGUACGACACCGUUCACGGCCACUGGAAGCACAGCGACAUCAAGCUCAAGGACGACAAGACUCUGCUCUUUGGCGAGAAGCCAGUUACCGUCUUUGGCGUCAGGAACCCUGAGGAGAUCCCGUGGGGUGAGGCUGGUGCCGAUUACGUUGUGGAAUCCACCGGUGUCUUCACUGACAAGGACAAGGCCGCUGCUCACUUGAAGGGUGGUGCCAAGAAGGUGGUCAUCUCUGCCCCAAGCAAAGAUGCCCCUAUGUUUGUGGUUGGUGUCAAUGAGGACAAGUACACCUCAGACGUUAACAUUGUCUCAAAUGCUAGCUGCACCACUAACUGCCUUGCUCCCCUAGCUAAGAUCAUUAAUGACAACUUCGGUAUUAUUGAGGGUUUGAUGACCACUGUUCAUGCCAUCACUGCCACACAGAAGACCGUUGAUGGUCCCUCGAGCAAGGACUGGAGAGGUGGCAGGGCCGCAAGCUUUAACAUCAUUCCCAGCAGCACUGGUGCUGCCAAGGCUGUUGGUAAGGUUCUUCCUGAGCUGAAUGGCAAGCUUACGGGUAUGUCUUUCCGGGUUCCCACUGUGGAUGUGUCAGUUGUUGAUCUCACUGUUAGAACCGAGAAGGCUGCAUCAUAUGAUGACAUCAAGAAGUGCCUGCCUGCCCAUGUGUCUCAAAUGUCACUGAUGAGUAUGCAAAUUAUUUUCAGGGCUGCAUCCGAGGGAAAACUCAAGGGGAUCAUGGGUUACGUCGAGGAGGAUUUGGUCUCCACUGAUUUUGUCGGUGACAGCAGGUCGAGCAUCUUUGAUGCCAAGGCUGGAAUUGCUCUGAACGACCACUUCGUCAAGCUUGUCUCGUGGUAUGACAACGAGUGGGGUUACAGCAACCGCGUUGUCGACCUGAUCCGCCACAUGGCCAAGACUCAGUAG